AGACAGCCCUCCGCCGAGGCUGCUCCGGGCCCAUGAGCUGCUCCGGGCCCUCUCCAGGCUGCUGAGCGACGCGGCCUUAAAAGCCAGGGGGAAAGCGGAGCUGGGCAGGGAGGAGCGCCGGGAGAGGGGUACUGGCACCAGGCAGUCCCGCAGCGCGGACGGAACGCGGGAGCCCGGUUCCCGGCGCCGGCCGGGCCCGGCGCAGUGCACAGCCCGGCGCCAGCGGCGUCUCGGAGCAACCGGUCCCCGGAAGCGGCCGGCGUGGCGGAGCGGGCGGUGUACCAUUCUUCCAGGAUCGCUGCCAUGGUGCUUAAGGUCUUCUUUCCAUCAUGCUGCUCCUCGGCAGAAAGCGGCAUUUUGAUCGGCCGCUGGAUCUCAGAACAGAACUCUGCUGUUAUCCUUGCCGUGGUCCAUUUCCCUUUUAUUCCUGUCCAGGUGAAGCAGUAUCUCAGUGAAGUCCAACGGGUGACUAAAGUCAGUGUUUCUGUGCUCGGCUCAUGGAGCAACAGCAAACAGGAGAAAGAAGAGAGUCUGAGUGAGUUCUUGGAAGACCUUGGGACAAUAUUCUCCCAUGAGCCGUGGAUUCAGAUAAGCAAAGAGGGAGAUGGCAAAUUCUGGAGCUGUUCUACCCUUCAGAAACACUCAAACAGCCCUAAGGAGGAAGAAAUCAUCUUAGUAUACUAUGACCAGCGCAAAGUCAUGCUGUCCCAUCUACAUCCCCCUUCGGACACAGCUACCUCCACUGACCACAAGGCAGACGAUGCUUCAGAGCUCUCUGCCAUCUUUGACACAGUUGCAAAGAGCAGGAUACUGUUCAUGACGGACAGAUACGACGAUGGGCCCAUCAAGUUGACCCACUGGCAGUCGGAUGGUGUUGAAGCUAGCAUCAUCGUGGAGCUGAUGAAGCAGGCCUCUGUGCCUGCCUGCAUGCUGCUGACAUUCCUGCUUUCACUUAUCUCUGGGGUCUGCAGGAGCAGGGUGCUGAAGUUUUGGCCUCUGUCGUUCUUAUGGAGCAAGCUCUCAACUUGUGAGCAGCUGGGACAUCGCCUGCAGCACCUCCAGGUCAUCAGCAUCAACAAGAAGGCUCAAAACCAGACUCAGCUAAUGAGGAAAGCCAACAUCUUUGUCUCUCUGCUGAUUGACGUGGCUCUGGGGAUACUGCUGAUGUCCUGGCUGUACCGAAAGAACCGAAUUGGUCACCUCGCUGACACUCUCAUCCCUGUGGCUGAUCACGUAGCUGAAGAGCUCCAGGACCUGCUCCAGUGGCUAAUGGGAGCGCCAGCUGGGCUGAAAAUGAACCGAGCUUUGGAUCAGGUUUUGGGCCGCUUCUUCCUUUACCACAUCCAUCUUUGGAUUAGCUACAUUCACCUGAUGUCCCCAUUCAUCGAGAUGAUCCUCUGGUAUGUCGGUCUGUCGGCUUGUCUGGGCUUGACCGUGGCGCUCUGCAUCCUCUCUGACAUCAUUGCGCUUCUGACUUUCCACAUCUACUGCUUCUAUGUCUACGGGGCCAGGCUCUACUGCCUGAAGAUUUACGGCCUGUCAUCUCUCUGGCGCUUGUUCCGUGGGAAGAAGUGGAACGUCCUCCGGCAGCGGGUGGAUUCCUGCUCCUAUGACUUGGACCAGUUAUUUAUUGGCACUUUGCUAUUUACAAUCCUGCUGUUCCUCCUGCCUACAACUGCGCUGUAUUAUUUGGUGUUUACCCUGCUCCGUUUGCUGGUGGUGAUUGUGCAAGGCCUGAUACACUUGCUAGUUGACCUGAUUGACUCUCUGCCUCUUUAUUCAAUCAUCCUUCGGCUCUGCAGAUCCUACAGACUCGCAGCUGGCGUGAAGUUCAGAGUCCUUGAGCAGCAGGAUGGAAAACCUCUCCGACUCCUCAUGCAGAUCAACCCCCUAUCAUAUGGCAGUGUGGUACAGACAUAUAGGCUGCCAACCUACAGCUGUUACCCAAAGGAUUCCUGGGCAUCUCUCUGCAAGAAGCUGUUCCUUGGAGAGCUGAUCUACCCUUGGAAACACAAAGGAGACAAGCAGGAUUAAAGACAGCAAAAGAGCUUGAGAGACGUGAUCAGAAAAACAGGUUGAAUCCUAAUGCUUUUGGACCAAAGGCAUCUCAGAGCCAGCAACCACUGGAUCCCUUUGAUUCGAUUUUGGUAAUGUGGGAGGGGCUGAAUUUUUAAAGGCAAGUAUUUUUAAACAGUAUUUUUCAACUUUCCUCUUCCCUUACACUGUGCUUGGGUAAUAUGCUAAUGAUUAUUUUUGAAGCAAAAGGUUAAAUCCAUCAGUGCCUCAUGAAACCAGCAUUUAGUGUCAUCGAGGAAGUACCUCCCGAAUAGUUUGAUGAUGUAUGUAUCCUUCCAUGUAAGCUCACAGGGCCGAAUGAAAACAGCCCUUGGGGGGGCUCGAAGCCACAGUGCUGAGGUGCAUUUUGCCAAAGGGUCUUUUGGACCUUUUAUGCUUCAGCCUUCAAGCCAGCUGAUCAAAACCAAGGAUCAGCUUGUAGUGUCAUACACUGAAAACUGUACAGUGGGGUUAUCUGGGUUCAUAGGAUAUUUAUUCUUUUCCUUUUGGGCGGGCUUGGAUUCACCCCCACUGCAGCACCAGAGGAGGUGUUAAGCAUAGAAGCAGCGGGGCUGGAGACCCAGAAACGCAGACUGCUGUACGUUUGUGCCUAUAUGGUCUCAUCUAUGUUUGUUUUUUUUUUUUCAAAAGCAAAUAGUGUUUUGGGGAGAGCUGAGCCCUGCGCUGACACCAGAACUGAAGUGCAGAGCACACAGCCUCACACGCCAGACUGCUCGGGUGGAGGUGGCAGCGAGCCAUGGGAGCUGAGAGCUCUGGGCUCUGCCAAGGCUCAGGGCUUCUUCACUUAGUCACAGUGUAAGCAAACGCAACUUUGCUGAGUCCAGCUCUGGCUGGUGCAUCUGCCAGAGGACUGCAGCAGCCCGGCUUGUUACACAGCUCAACCGGCUCGGGAAGCGUGUGCUGCGGUCCCUUACAGGGUCAGUGCAUCCCCCUGUUUCUCAGGGCCCAGGUGAGAGCCUCGCCAUGUGGUGCCUCAUCUUUUGCACUUUCUGAUAGUCGAGGAGCUUUUAAAAUUAUCUCAGAUAUGAGGCAUUGAAAGCCACUUCUUUCCUUGAAACUGUAGACAUGUUUCUCUUAGGAGAGUUUUCCUGCUUUGGAUACUACCUCCACAGGGCAGCAGUGCUCAGCUUUUCAGUGUCCCGGUCUGACUGUGUGCUCAUUUCAGUGUGAGUCUUCUAUUCCCUGUCUUGGAGAGAGUGCCUCUGUGCACAGGGGUGUGAUGUCCUCCUGGGUACUUCUUGUGUCGACAUUUACACACAAUCCUUACCCAAAAGUACGCUUCUUCCAGGUCUGCUAGCUCCUCUUGCCCCAGCUGAAACAAGGAUGUAUAUCACUGUACUCUGCUUUGCACGCCCGAAGUGACUGCAUUAACUGGCAGGUGAGAGCGUGUGCUGGAUCCUGCCUCCUUUUCCUCUGUCUGUUCAAGGAACUAAGGAUGGAGGAGGAAGAGGAGGAUGCGUUGUGGCUGCAUUGCUCAGCCCUUCUCUGGAGGGCUGCCUGCAUAUUGCAGUGGGAGUAGGUGGAGCCACAGUAAGGAGCCACGGCAAGGAGCCCUGGGUUUUAGUAGCCUUCUGUCAGCACCUCCACUGGCAGGGUAAGAGUUUCCUACACCAGCCCCAUGUACUUGAAGCUGUCACAGAAGAGAAGGGGUUAUGGCCCCAGGAACAUAGGCUGCUUUAAGAUGUCCUUAGCCAGAUAUAUUUGGUUUGUCUGUAGCUGCUAAAGCCUCUUGUGGUGCAGCCGCUGCCUCUUCAGGCAGAGCUUGAUCAGGAGAAAACGAAGCUCUGUAGGCAAGUGCUUGGUCCAGAUGUUCCUUAGCAGGCAAACACAGGCGCUGCCAAGGUCCUACAGUUUUCCUGAGGACUUCCUGAAGGGAGGCACUGUUACAUGGGCACUGCUACCCAAAGAGGAUGUCCUCUUACCUUGAUCCAGGGAAGAAGGGCACAUUGCUGAAGAAAGCCAGCCUGGCAGAAGCCCCCUGGCACCGUCUGCCACUGCAGGCACUGGGUGGGACAUCACUGGCUGCAGAAGCUGCAGAGAUCUUUGUUCUUCUUUAAUGACGGGUGCUUAAAACUCGUGUACAAAUACAGCAUCUUCUUCUCUUGCAAUAUUGAUGCCCAAGUAUUUCUCUCUUGGAAUAUCGAUGCCCAAGUAUUUCUCUCCACUCCUGGUGUGAAUAACUCCAGGUCAUGAUCCAUUUAGUGGAUGAAUGGUCAGAAAAAUAUUUCUCACUUCAGCUGAAGUCAGUCAUGGAGACCCAUUCUCACCUGGCACUCAGCAGAGCAGAUUCACACUUUACCUCCCUCUCAUGUUUCCACUGGAGCUACUAAAUGAUAUCCCCGCUGCUUCCUCCCACGCUUGCAUACUUUGGUUUACUAACUGCAGCAAGAAACUUUAUUAUUUUGGGUCUUGCAAAGAUAAUGUUUCUAAUAUCCUGGCUUUUAAAAAUCUUUCUGUGAGACCAUACAGCUCACAAUGGUCCUAAUCGGGGCUGUCCUUUGGGAUGAGGUGACCUGAAAGCCCCAGAGACAGCACAGAGCCAUGAAAACCAGCAAAUGUGACCUUCCUAUUGGGAACCUGCCAAACAUAUUAGAUGUUCCAGUGUUGGAUCUGUUUACUAAAGGCCGAUACUGACUCUGGGGAUGGUGAAAUAUCGAACUGAGAAAAAGCUCCUCUGCAAACCGUGAAUCUUCUGUGACACAGAGGACCUUGAGUACCCAGCUGGGAAAUGACAGUCCCUUGUGGGUGCAGUUCUGUGUCACGCAGAACUGAUGCCCGAGCUGUCCUACUGUUUCUCAUUCUCGGCGUUCUCCUUGCCAUGAUGGUAUCAGAGCCUGUGAGUUUCUUCUGCUGGAUAUUUGCCAUGUCUCUCCUCUUCCUUUCCAGUCACUGCUGUGAAACACUCUUCCCCCACCCUUUUCCGAUUCUGCGCAGAGACAUUACAACAACUUAGCAGACAUCCUGCUCAGGAACAUUUGACCUUAUGUCAUCUCUCUAAUUAGAAGUUGGGAUCAGCAUCAUCUUCCACAGCAGCGCAGACUGGCGGAGCGCUGGCAUUUCCUCAGGGAAGAGACUGCUGGUGAGGUUAUGGCUCUAAUUUAUCCUCCGAUCCGUAUUAUCCCUAUCAGUCCUUGGAUGAGAAGUAGUUAAAGGUUUCAGAUCUUCUCCGAUUCCUACCACAGAGCCCUUGAAGCAGGCAACAAGCAGUCUUUGCCAGCCAUCAUUCAAAGACUGUAAUCUUGCAGACUUUUUUUCAUACUGAAUUUCCUUAUUAUUUCUUCCACCUUAUGGUUCCCAGUGCUGGCACAACACUCGUUAUACCUCUUUACAUAGGCAUGGGUUUUGUGAGGCAAAACUCUGUCCUAGAUAGAAAUUCUGCCUUUGAGAAAUACUUUCCUAACCAGAAUAGCACGUGACGAUGCUGAAAGGAAAUCUCAGUAAUUACACUGCACGGAAGGCUCUGGUUAUGGUUUUGGGAGUUUUCUCUGAUCCUGCAGCUGGUCUGUGCCUUGUUCUGCUGGUACAUGUGAAUAUACCAUCAGAAAGAGCAUUGCACGCAUGUAUAAUCCAUAUGUUGUGUAAGGCAGGAAAAUAUCAUGCGGAUAAUAAGCUGCUUUCUUUCUGCCCCGUGCUGCCUGAUCCUGCUGCCACAACACUAUCUUCUUGCUUAGCUCAAGCCCUUUCUGAUUUCCUCUUUGUGCGUAGACCUGCUGAUUGCACCGUCACAGAAUCACAAAGUGGUGGAGGUUGGAAAGGGCCUCUCAAGAUCAUCUGGUCCGACCCCCUUGCUCAGGCAGGGCCGCCCAAAGCCGGUUGCUCAGGACCGUGACCAGAUGGCUUUUGGAUAGCUCCAAGGAUGGAGACUCUACCACCUCCCUGGACAACCUGUGCCAGUGCUUGGUCACCCUCGCAGUAAAAAAAAAAAGUAUUCCCUGUUCUUCAGACAGAAUUUGAUGUAUUUCGAUUCACAGCCAUUGCCUCUUGUCUUGUCAUCGUGUUAUGCUGAGCUAGGGGACACCAUAACUCAAAUUUCUUCAGCGAAUUUGAAGACUUGCAGCCCCAUGUCGUCUCUGUUCCUGAGCAGCUCUGUUCAGGGACUAUUCAGCAGCCUCUCUGCCUUUUGGGGGGUACCUAUGCCCUCUGCAGCCAGGGAGGGUUGCCCGCUAUUGAGUCAGAUCCCUGACCUGCUCUUUGCCAGCUUUUCUGGACCAGGUAGCAGAGGGUGUGCUCGUUCUCCAGCCAGACUCGCUGCCUGCACUGAGCAUAGAGUGGAAACCCCGGGGGAUGUGGGGCAGAAACCCCUAAGCUGGCGGCGUGCACGUCUGCCUGGAUCCGGGAGGUUCUGCGUGGGUGGCAGCGCGCUGUGAAUGCAGGUGGGAUGUGUCUGGAUCUCAGCUGAUCCAUCCACGUGGCAUGAGGCCGCAGGACUUACCGGCUAGUUCAGGAGCUUUUGGGUGGUAUUCUGCUGUGCAGGAUACACGUGUUCAGAGGAAUCCAAACUUUAUGUGGGUGGCUGAUCUGCCUUCCCGGAUGAGAACAGCAUGCCUGUCACCUCUGCUUCUGGCCCACCGGUUGGCAUGGGGAGCGGAACGGCUGCUUGCCAGAGUCUGUCCCCUUCGGCUCUCAGCUGGCAGCCUCACCUCUGGUCCUCACCACAUCUGGGCCUGGACUUCAAACCAGGAAGGCUCAAAGUCCCCAUUUAUUGUCUCAGCAAGCUGAACAAUAAACAGGAGGAGGAUACAUGCAAUUGUGAAUGUAAACCCUUUGUUUCCAGACGGGUGAUGAGGCUCAGAGUAGGUGGAAGUGCUGGGUGUGCUGCUUGCCCGGGGAAGCACCGGGGGCUGCACGCACAGCUCCUGUCCGUGGUGGUAUAUAACCAUCUGGUGUUGGGGAAGUUCAUGAGAACUUUAGAACUAUUGUAGUCAAUCCUCCUACUUGUAAUGUUUUCAGUUUUUAAAUAAAAUUUUAAAAAAGA